AUGGCCAAAUGUGGAGUGGUGCCGGCCGAGGAAAAGCAGUUUAGAGGCACGAUGUCGGCCACGCAGGGGAUGAACCGUCGCGGCGUCUACAACUACUUCCUCAACAUGGUGGCCUAUCAGAUAUGCUGCUGCUGUGGACCCGCUCCCUGCUCGCUCUGCUGUGCCUUCUGUCCUCCGGUCAAAUCCUCCACCAGCACGCGGGUCAUGUACACACUCUUCCACAUCAUGAGCUGCGCCGUCUCCUGCCUCAUGCUGUCGCGCAACGUCUCCGAGCUCGUCAGGGAAAAUGUGCCUUUCUUCAACAUGGUGUGUGACCAGGCGCACGGCGGAGGCCACUGUGAGAUGCUGGUGGGCUACUCGGCGGUCUACAGAGUCUGCUUUGGCACUUCCUGUUUCUAUCUGAUGAUGGCGAUCUUCCUCAUAGACGUAAAGUCCAGCCAGGACUUCAGAGCGCUCAUAAACAACGGCUUCUGGUUCCUGAAGUUCAUCACUUUGCUCGGGAUGUGCACUGCUGCCUUCUUCAUCCCGACAGAGUCCUUCCUGCACGCUUGGCAUUACGUUGGUGUGGUGGGAGGAUUUGCCUUCAUCCUCAUCCAACUCAUCCUCAUCACAGCUUUUGCACACACAUGGAACAAAAACUGGCUGACCGGAGCGGCAGAAAACAAGCGUUGGUACCUGGCGGUGUUAUGCGCCACCCUCUUCUUCUACACCAUCGCCACCAUGGCCUUCACCUUCAUGUACAAGUACUACACACACCCCAUCGCCUGCCACUUCAACAAGGCCCUGCUGUGGAUCAACCUGGGACUGUGCGGCCUCAUGUCCUUCAUUGCCGUCACACCGUGCGUGAAGCAGAAGCAGCCUCGGUCGGGGCUCCUUCAGGCCUCCAUCAUCAGCUGUUACGUCAUGUACCUCACUUUCUCGGCGCUGUCCAGCCGCCCGCCGGAGAAAGUUGUGUACCAGGGCAUGAACAUGACCGUCUGUUACCCGACUGUGGGGCAAGAUGACAUCCAGAACGAGGGCAACGCCGUCGCCAUCAUCGGAGCUGCCAUCAUGUACUGCUGUGUACUCUUUGCAUGUAAUGAAGCUUCCUACUUGGCGGAGGUGUUUGGUCCAUUUUGGAUGAUCAAAGUUUACCGCUAUGAGUUCCAGAAAGCCAGCUGCUGCUUCUGCUGCCCCGAGGAAGAGGAAGUCGAGGAGGAUUUUGAGAUUGAGGAGGAGGACAAAGGCUGUCAGAAGGUGAUUCAUAACGAGACCCAGCGAGUGGCUUACAGCUACUUCUUCUUCCAUUUUGUCUUCUUCUUGGCCUCGCUCUACGUCAUGAUGACCCUCACGAACUGGUUCAGGUUAGUCGUUGACACCGCUAAAAACACUGACCCAUCCAAGUUUAAACUGUGUUGUCGUCCGUUCUCCAGCUAUGAGUCUGCAGUGCUGGAGACCACCUUCACCCACGGCAGCUGGUCUACCUUCUGGGUGAAGAUGUCGUCCUGCUGGGCUUGUGUGAUCCUCUACCUCUGGCUGCUGCUGGGCCCUCUGUGCAGCUGUCAGACCGAAUCAAGACCUCGCCGCUCACGCAUCAAACGUCGCUCAGCGUCCUCCCGUCACGUCACUGUCAGCGUUUGA